AUGCCAGCUCAAUACUAUCUUACGCCUCAGUUCAUGUUCCUGUCCAACAUUACUCAGUUUAGCCCCAUAUUCUACCUCACAGGUUUUCCAGGCCUGGAAACCAUUGAACACUGGAUCUUCAUUCCCUUUUUCUUUAUGUACCUUUUGGCCAUCUCAGGAAAUUGUCUUAUUUUGAUAAUCAUUAAGAUCAAUGUUCGUCUUCACACCCCCAUGUACUAUCUACUCUCCUUGCUGGCGCUUACUGAUCUGGGGCUCUCAGUAUCCACCUUGCCUACCACAAUGGGGAUUUUUUGGUUCAAAUCCCAUAGUAUCUACUUUGAAGCCUGCCAAAUCCAGAUGUUCUGUAUCCACUCAUUUUCCUUCAUGGAGUCCUCGGUGCUCUUAGUGAUGUCCUUUGAUAGGUUUGUGGCUAUUUGUUAUCCCCUGAGAUACUCGGUUAUUGUCACUGGCCAGAGAAUAAUCAGGGUAGGCUUACUUGUCAUCCUCCGGGGACCAAUGGCCCUUGUUCCCAUUGUCCUCCUCCUGAAGCUCUUUCCCUACUGUGGACCCCUUGUGCUCUCCCACUCCUUUUGCCUACACCAAGAAGUGAUACACCUGGCCUGCACGGAUACCACCUUCAACAACCUGUAUGGGCUGACCCUGGUGGUCUUCACUGUGAUGCUGGACCUAGUGCUCAUUGCACUGUCCUAUGGACUCAUCCUACACACAGUUGCAGGACUGGCUUCCCAAGAGGAGCAGCUUCGAGCCUUCCAAACGUGUACUUCACAUCUCUGUGCUGUGUUGGUAUUUUUUGUGCCUAUGAUGGGGUUGUCCCUGGUACACCGCUUUGGGAAGAAUGCCCCUCCCGCUGUUCAUCUUCUCAUGGCCAACAUUUACCUCUUUGUGCCUCCCAUGCUCAAUCCAAUUAUUUACAGUAUUAAAACCAAGGAGAUCCGCAGAAUCAUCACCAAUCUCCUUGGCCUGAGAGAGACCAGGGCUGAAUUCUAG